CAAGAGAAGGGUGACAUGGAGCCUCUUGGGCUGCUCAUCUUGCUCUUUGUCACAGAGCUGUCCCGAGCCCACAACACCACGGUGUUCCAGGGCACGGCAGGCCGGUCCCUGAGGGUCUCCUGCCCCUACAACUUCUUGAAGCACUGGGGGAGACGCAAAGCCUGGUGCCGCCAGCUGGGUGAAGAGGGCCUGUGCCAGCAGGUGGUCAGCACUCACCCCUCGUGGCUGCUGUCCUUCCUGAAGAGGCGCAAUGGGAGCACGGCCAUCAUGGACGAUGCCCUGGGUGGCACACUCACCAUUACGCUGCGGAAUCUUCAAGCCCACGACGCUGGCCUCUAUCAGUGCCAGAGUCUCCAUGGUAGCGAGGCCGACACCCUCAGGAAGGUCCUGGUGGAGGUGCUGGCUGACCCCCUUGAUUACCAGGACCCUGGAGAUCUCUGGAUCCCUGAGGAGUCCAAGAGCUUUGAGGAUGCCCACGUGGAGCACAGCAUCUCCAGGAACCUUUCUGAUGAGGAGAGCCCCUUCCCACCCAUUUCCAUCCUUUUCCUCCUGGCCUGCAUCUUUCUCAGCAAGCUUCUAGCAGCCAGCGCUCUCUGGGCUGCAGCCUGGCAUGGGCAGAAACGGAGGACACCCCAUGCCAGUGGGCUGGACUGUGGCCAUGACCCAGGUUACCAGCUCCAAACCGUGACAGAGCUGAGAGACACGUGAGAGGAGGACCCACGGUGGAGGA